UCAGGCUGAUUCCUCAUUCCCACAACCUGCUCCUUUACUAGACCAGCUGUGAGUCUCCAGGUGUUUUGUGUCUUGAAUAACCGACCGGAAUUGACUGUCACUGUCAGGAUGGCACUUUCAGAGUGGACCAGUGUUUUCCUGGGAGAAGACAACGGUGUCCUGCAUGGAGACACUUGGAAUCUGGAGUUUGAUCCCUCUAUUCGACCCAACUCUCCAGAGCCAGGAUGGAAGGAAUACGUCAGUAACACGAGUGCAAGGCAUAAGAAACCAAAGACGGAUAAACACUUGAUGUUUAAUGUCAUGGCAUCCCAGCGACUGAUUUUAAUCUCCAUGGUGUGGUUUCUAAUGCAAGCAGCUCCAUGCAGUGCCUUCACAGUGAAUUGCUCUGAGCCAAACCAACCUGCCCUUCUGAAGGCUCUGACUCCACUCUUUAACCUGAGCUCCAUACGACCUGUCAUGAACACAUCAACAAGUACCAUCGUCGACACUUUCUUCGCCAUUUAUGGAAUAUUAGGAGUGGAUGAAAAGUCUCAACUCUUGAUGUCAUACAUUUGGCUCAAUUAUGUAAGUUGUGCAUUCACCCAUUUCCAGGCAGUGAUGAUGUAGCAGUAGAGUUGUGUGAUCAAGUGUAGCAUCUGCUCUGUGCGCUGACAACAGGUUUGUUGU